AGGCUCUACAUUCCUUACCUCUCGACUCCAACAUAUAGCAAAUAUGGAUAAUUCUGGAGUGAACAACGGAACGGCCAACGGGUCGCAGAAGUACACAAGAGUCUCGUCACAGCCCGAGAAUCCUUACGCCAAACUGAUCCCCGACCAAACCAUCGCCAUUAUACCGGAGUUUACCCUUGAAUCUGGCGUUGCGUUGUACAAUGUCAGCGUCGCAUACAAGACCUAUGGCACCCUAGCACCAGACGGAGACAAUGCCAUGGUCAUAUGUCAUGCGCUGACAGGCAGCGCUGACGUGGGCGACUGGUGGGGACCGCUGCUUGGAGGCCCCGGAAAAGCAUUCGAUAUUUCGCGAUUCUUUGUCGUUUGCAUGAACAGCUUAGGAAGCCCGUAUGGAAGCGCCAGUCCAGUUACGGCUAAGGACGGCGACGCUUCAUUGGGCCCCUACGGACCCGAAUUUCCCCUGACAACAGUGCGAGAUGAUGUCAACAUCUUCAAGCUCAUCUUGGACGAUCUCGGUGUAAAACAGAUUGCCGCAGUCAUUGGAGGCUCCAUGGGUGGAAUGCUUGUUCUCGAGUUCGCAUAUUUUGGAAAAGACUAUGUCAAGACCAUUAUACCAAUUGCCACUUCCGCCCGCUACAGUGCAUGGGGCAUCAGCUGGGGUGAGGCGCAGCGCCAGAGCAUCUACAGCGAUCCCAAGUAUGACGACGGCUACUAUUCCUACGAUGAUCCUCCAUCUACUGGUCUCGCAGCUGCGCGAAUGUCUGCCUUGCUUACGUAUCGGAGUCGCGACUCGUUUGAGUCAAGGUUUGGUCGUAACACACCAGAUCUAUCCAAGAAACAAAGCAUCAAUACGGUGCCGCGCCCGACAACCCCAUCGAAUCCUUCGCAUGAGCAUUGGGCAAUCCACAACCAUGGGCAUAAGAAUGCUGGAUCACCACGAACCUUGUCGAGGUCGAACAGUAGUACCGCCAUCCCCGCCUCUGCACAGGCGCAUGCUGACCUUGAAUUUCACGAUGCCUCAACUCCCGCUCAAUCGCCAUCCCAAAAGUCAGGGUCGACAAGCACUAACAACCAGUUUCCGCGCGCCUCUAAGCCUCUUGCGCCGCACUAUUUCUCUGCCCAAUCCUACUUGCGCUACCAAGGCGACAAGUUCAUCAAGAGAUUUGAUGCCAAUUGUUACAUCGCCAUAACCAGGAAACUCGAUACUCACGACGUUUCCCGCUAUCGGUACCCGGAAGGCGAGACACCCGAAACCCUGGAUCCAGUACCGGCACUCCAUCAUGCACUAUCCCUGAUUGAGCAACCUACCCUCGUUCUUGGCAUCCAGUCGGAUGGUCUUUUUACCUUUGCCGAGCAACAAGAGUUGGCCGCCCAUAUCCCGAAUGCUGCAUUGAAGACCAUCGACUCACCGGAUGGUCACGACGCCUUUUUGCUCGAGUUUGAGCAGGUCAACAAACAUUUGCUCGGCUUCAUGAAUGUGGAGCUUCCAGAGAUCAUGAACAAAACACCAUCACUGGACACCGCCACACCCGAUACUGGCAUGGCUGCUACCAAAACCAGUACCUUUGGUGAGGCGGAAGUCGAGGAUAUUACUGCCUGGUAACGCAGACAUGAUUGUGACUUUUUAGCGCGGCGUUACCGGAAAUAUAGAUGGCUGCAUCGGUCGGCGUACAGUUUUCGGCAUACGCUUGAAAGAAAAUUGUACGAUUAUGAUACGCUCUUCAUUGACGAGAGCUGAGGUUCAACCCCUCGUCAAUGCCACCGUUGCAAGAAAAAGUAGCAACGAAAAAAUAAAAC